GGGAGGGUCUGCGGCGGGCGGCGCUGCAGCAGCCUCGGCACGGCCGCCGCCGCCCGCGGGCGCGAGUGUGCGCGGGUGUGGAAGGCCGGCGUGCGGGCCGCGAGGGGUGUGCGCGCGUGAGGCGGAGCGGGGCUCGCCCCUCGCCGGCGCCCGCCGCCCCGCCGGUGAUCGCUCUCCGGCCGUCUCCAGCACCCUCGGCCCCCCACGGCCGUUGGUCCGGGCGGGGGAGGGAGAAAGUGAGACUCGGUGUCAUCACCAUCCAUUGUCAGGAGGGGAGGAAAUUGGAAUCCAGCAGUGGCGAGCAGCAGCUGGGCGGUCACAUCUGGGAAUGCAAAGCCGACCUCCCCCUCCUCCUCCUCCUCCACCACCUCCUCCUCUUUCACCCAGGAUCACUUCCGAAACCACUUCGCCUCCAGCCCCUGCCUCGGCCAGAGGGAUUUAUUUAAUGGGGAUGUGUUCAAGGCAAGAGCGAAUUCAGAAGGAUAUCGACAUCGUGAUCCAGAAGUCCAGAGCCGAGAAGGACUGCCUGUUUGCAGAUUUCAGAUACUCAGACUCCACCUUUACUUUCACCUACGUUGGCGGCCCCAAAAGGGUCAGCAGAGUUUGCCUUGAUGAAUCUUCUCUUCCCACAGAAAACAUCAACAUCCUAGUUAGUGUAUCCUAUUCAGUACAUGUGUCUGAAGAUUACCCAGAUAAUACGUACGUAUCAAGUUCAGAAAAUGAUGAAGAUGUAUUAGUCACCACAGAGCCAAUUCCAAUAAUUUUUUAUCGAAUAGCAACAGAAUUAAGGAAGACAAAUGACACUAACUGUUGCUUAUCCAUAAAAUCCAAAUUACAGAAGGAGAAUGGAGAGGAGUCAAGACAAAAUAGUACAGUGGAAGAAGAUUCUGAAGGUGAUAAUGAUUCUGAAGAAUUUUAUUAUGGAGGACAGGUGAACUAUGACGGGGAACUGCACAAGCACCCCCAGCUUGAGGCUGAUUUGUCGGCAGUGAGAGAGAUAUACGGGCCGCAUGCAGUUUCUCUCAGGGAAUACGGAGCCAUUGAUGAUGUAGAUAUUGAUCUGCAUAUUGAUGUUAGCUUUCUGGAUGAGGAGAUUGCUGUGGCUUGGGAAGUGAUUCGAACAGAACCUAUAAUUGUCCGACUACACUGUUCACUUACACAGUAUUUAAAUGGCCCAGUGCCCACUGUUGAUGUCUUUCAGAUUUCUACAAAAGAGCGAUUUGGACUGGGACAUCAGCUGAAAAAGAUCAUGCAGACAUUCGUUACACAGCAGUGGAAACAGAGCAAAGAAAAAUCGAACUGCCUGCACAAUAAGAAGCUGUCAGAGAAGAAGGUGAAAUCUCCCCUGCAUUUAUUUUCUACCUUGCGCAGGUCGCCAAGUUACCCUCCCCCCGGUUGUGGUAAAAGCAAAUCCAAGCUGAAAUCGGAGCAAGAUGGGAUCUCCAAAACGCACAAGCUGCUGCGGAGGACUUGUUCCAGCGCCGUCAAGACCGACGACGUGUGCGCCACCAAGUCUCACAGGACCUUUGGUCGCUCCCUGUCCAGCGACCCGAGGGCGGAGCAGACCGUGCCGGCAAUUAAGUCGCACAAACUCUUGAACCGGCCCUGCUCCGCCGCCGUCAAGCAAGAGGACUGCCUCACUCUCAAGUCGCAUAAACUGUUGACUCGGUCUUGUUCCGGAGACCCGCGGUGUGAGCACAACGCCGGCUUGAAGCCCCACAAACUGUUAAGCAGAUCUUACUCCAGUAAUCUCAGAAUGGAAGAGCUGUACGGACUGAAAAGCCACAAGCUGCUCAGCAAGUCCUACUCGAGCGCUCCCAAGUCCUCCAAGACGGAGCUUUUCAAGGAACCUAACGCAGAGGGCAGGAGGCUCUCUCUCACCUCAGGGCUUAUCGGUAUCUUAACCCCGUCUUCAUCGUCAUCUUCCCAGCCUGCUCCAAAUGGUGCCAAAUGCAUUCCAAUACGAGACCGCGGCUUCCUAGUGCAGACAAUUGAGUUUGCUGAACAGCGGAUCCCUGUAUUGAAUGAAUACUGUGUGGUUUGUGAUGAGCCACAUGUGUUUCAAAAUGGCCCUAUGCUUAGGCCCACUGUGUGUGAGCGAGAGCUGUGUGUGUUUGCUUUUCAAACCCUGGGAGUAAUGAACGAAGCUGCUGAUGAAAUAGCUACUGGAGCUCAGGUGGUAGAUCUGCUGGUAUCCAUGUGUAGGUCUGCAUUGGAAUCUCCUAGAAAAGUUGUCAUUUUCGAGCCAUAUCCUUCUGUGGUGGAUCCUAACGAUCCUCAGAUGCUGGCCUUCAACCCCAGAAAGAAGAACUAUGAUCGAGUAAUGAAAGCACUGGAUAGCAUAACUUCCAUUAGAGAAAUGACACAAGCACCAUAUCUGGAAAUCAAGAAGCAGAUGGAUAAACAAGACCCCCUUGCUCAUCCCCUACUGCAAUGGGUUAUUUCAAGUAAUAGGUCACAUAUUGUGAAACUGCCAGUUAACAGGCAACUGAAGUUUAUGCAUACUCCACAUCAAUUCCUUCUUCUCAGCAGUCCACCAGCCAAAGAAUCUAAUUUUAGAGCUGCUAAAAAACUCUUUGGAAGCACCUUUGCUUUUCAUGGCUCACACAUUGAAAACUGGCACUCUAUCCUGAGGAAUGGUCUGGUUGUUGCUUCUAAUACUAGACUGCAGCUCCAUGGUGCAAUGUAUGGGAGUGGAAUCUAUCUUAGCCCAAUGUCAAGCAUAUCUUUUGGUUACUCAGGGAUGAACAAGAAGCAGAAGGUGACAACCAAAGAUGAGCCGGCGUCCAGCAGUAAAAGCAGCAGUGCAUCACAGUCACAGAAAAAAGGGCAGCAGUCCCAAUUCCUGCAAAGCCGUAACUUAAAAUGCAUAGCCUUAUGUGAAGUCAUCACCUCACCUGACCUGCACAAACAUGGAGAGAUAUGGGUCGUCCCAAAUACUGAUCAUGUCUGCACACGAUUCUUUUUUGUCUAUGAAGAUGGCCAAGUUGGAGAUGCGAAUAUUAACACACAAGAAGGAGGCAUUCACAAAGAGAUCCUUCGAGUAAUUGGUAAUCAAACUGCUACUGGUUAAAGGACCACCAUUUAAUUAACAUGAUUUGAAAGCCUUCCUCGGGUUCAAAGCUGGAUUUUGAACUGAAGAAGAUGAUAAAAUAAUUUAUUGUUAUUAUAAACAAAAGUAACCCUUUGAAUACUGAUUUUUUCUUAGUAUUUCUAAGUAUCUCAUUAAAUACCUAAAAUGGUAUAAAAUUUAUCAAUUGUAGGGUUAUGGAAUCUAGUAAUAAAAUUGCAACAGCACUUAAACUGAAGUUUGGGUUGCUCACACAAUAAACAGAUUGAAAAAAAACAGUUCUGUGCUGAUAUUUUUAUAUUAAACUCUUCAAUUGGAAAUUUAGUAUUAUAUACCAACAUUUUAGGUUACCAAAAUAGAACGGAGAACAUUUUAUAAAGACAUCUAAAUCUAUACAGUACUUUGCAGUAAGUUUGUUUGCACAUUCUCAUGUGCUAUUUACUUAGUGGUAUGAACACUCAGAUGUUUUGGGGAGGGACGUUUCCUAUUCUCUUGUUAUUUUUUUCUCGUACAAAGACAAUUAGGUCUUAGAUGCAGAGCUUUGCCCAAGAAUAUGUAAUGUACAUAUUUAUAGACCGAUGCAUCCAAAUGUGUGAUCGAGCAGAGACGGCACGGCUCCCCGAUUCUAUGCUCAUUUAAUAGGAAGAAAAUAAUAUUCAGUAAGCAGUAAAUCAGGACAUAAACCAAGAUAUGAGUCAAAUUUACCACCAUUCAUUCACUGAAGAUGUUUAGAAACAAUUUUUUUAUUUGUUUAAAUAAUUUCCACUUCAGUUAAAAUUCAACUCUUUUAUAAUGUUAUCUAAUAGUUAUAAUUUGGGGAACACAGAUGCCCCAGGUGGAUUAACUCUAUAUUCAAAUGAUUAUAUACAUAGAAGAAAGGCCUCAGAAUUUAAACAAACAGUAUAUAUUUUUUAUUUCCCACGGUGGAACAUUUUUAAAAUUUAUUUAUACCACACCAGCACUUUUUAUAUUUUUUCAUCUAAUACCUCUGCUUAUUUUUUUUUUUCUUAUUGAGAGAGAAGACAAACUUUGAAGUUUCUUUUAUAUUAAAAGAACACAAAUAAGUUUAUAGAGAAUAACACCAGCUCUUAGCAUUGUUCCUUUCAAGAGUCACGUGCUCAUCAAAAUCAUUUCUCUUUCUUUGGGUCCUAAAGUUAUUCAUUGUAAGUUUUAGACAGUGUUUAUUUUCCUCCAUGGUGUCUUUGGAAUAAGGCCAUUCAUGAGAGCAGUUUAAUUAGCAAGUCUGCCACUCUAGUCAAACCCUGAAUCAAGGCUCAUAUCUGAUUCUAAUUUAUUUGGAACGAAAAAAAUAAAUAAAAAUGUUUAGUCAUUUGCAAGUAUAAUGUCAUAACUUCUGUGUUUAUUUCCUUUGGCAUUAAAGGUGAGCAAAAAGGUCAUACUCGUUGUUAAGGGUUGCUAUCUAAGAAGUUUUUACUAAUUAUUUGUUUUCUUAUAUUGUAAAUAAUUGAUAUGCCGCUUAUUUCUGCAAAAAAUAGACUUGAAGUGGUGGGGAUAUUAAUCAUUGUGAUAGGAUCCACUUAAAACAUUGAUCUGUUCUGACUUGUGCCUCUGAACUCAAAGCCAGACUGAGGGAUUGUAUCGGCAUGGUAGGGCCAAGCUACAUCUUCCUUAGUGUUCUGUGACUAGAUACUUGAAGACUUUACAUGGGACACGAGGACGACUAGCUUUUUUUCUGUCAAGAUUCCCCAAGUCUUCCAAAUCCCUUUGACUGGGUUUUUAAAACCAUUUGAAGCGACAAAAUUAUAAAUUAAUUUUGUGGCACAUUCUUCUGAAUCUUAUAUAACAUCACUGUGAAGAUGUACUAGUGAGAUUUAGAAAUUGAGUUCUUGGAGGCCCACCUGUGUGGCCACUAGCACCACCGAGGCAUCUCCAGAAACUCUCUCUAGUGCCUCCACAUGUAGUUUUAAGACCACAGACCUAAUCAUUCAGGUUGGACUUCGCAGUUGAGUGAGCUCUAAAGAGUGAAGUAUUAGCACCUGAAUUGGAAGGGUAACUUGGAGGACUCAGGGGAGAGUAUCUCAGGGAGGAAAAACUGGCAUAACGCAAACUUCUACUGCUAGUUCAAGAAUAAAAAUAAAA